CCGCAGACUUCGCCAUUCCAGUCGCCCGUCAAACGUCGAGCGUAUCAAACGUCUGUCGCGGCGAUAAAAAAAACUUAUUAGCCAUGUGGUGAAGUGAAACUGUCAAACGUGAUACAAUUGCGUAUAGCUGUGUAGUUUGGUUUCAGUGGACACUAUUAAACUUUAUUGUUUGACUUGUGGUGAUUUGUUUGUUCGAAGUGGUGCCACUGUUUUGGAAAAUUGGAUUAUACGAAAGAAUAAUGGCCUUAGCCAGGUAUAAUCAGCAAACUGCCCGCUCCUCUUGGUUAAAGCUCGGGUCGGGCAGCGAGUGCGGCGGUGGAGGGUCGGGCGGCGGCGCGCCCGCUCCACAGUCGGCGCGCGUGUCCUCAAACGGCGCCGGCGGGAUGGCGGUGAGCCGCGUGCCCAGCCCGUUACACGACGGGAACACCCCCGUCGCAGAAAACUGGUGCUUCACACAGGUCAAAGUGGUGAAAUUCAGUUAUAUGUGGACAAUAAACAAUUUUAGUUUUUGUAGAGAAGAGAUGGGUGAAGUGUUAAAAUCAUCGACUUUCUCAGCCGGUGCUAGUGAUAAGUUAAAAUGGUGUCUCCGUGUUAAUCCAAAAGGACUCGAUGAAGAGAGCAAAGACUAUUUAUCAUUAUAUUUAUUAUUAGUGUCGUGUAAUAAAUCAGAAGUGCGCGCAAAGUUUAAAUUUUCAAUACUGAAUGCUAAACGGGAAGAAACCAAGGCAAUGGAGUCACAGCGUGCAUACAGAUUCGUACAAGGCAAGGAUUGGGGAUUCAAAAAAUUCAUAAGAAGAGAUUUCCUAUUAGACGAAGCAAACGGCCUCCUUCCCGAAGACAAGUUAACUAUAUUCUGCGAAGUAUCAGUAGUCGCGGACAGCAUCAAUAUUAGCGGACAGAGCAAUGUAAUGCAGUUUAAAGUACCAGAAUGCAGACUCUCUGAUGACUUAGGAGCUCUCUUCGACAAUGAAAGGUUUUCGGACGUCACACUAGCGGUCGGAGGGAGGGAAUUCCAGGCGCAUAAAGCUAUCUUAGCAGCGCGGAGUCCUGUUUUUGCGGCCAUGUUUGAACACGAAAUGGAGGAGCGUAAACGCAAUAGGGUGGACAUUACUGACGUGGACCAUGAAGUAUUACGGGAGAUGCUGCGCUUUAUUUACACUGGCCGCGCGCCUAACCUCGACAAAAUGGCUGAUGACUUACUAGCUGCAGCGGAUAAGUACGCGCUAGAUAGGUUAAAAGUAAUGUGUGAGGAAGCACUUUGCUUGAGUCUGUCGGUCGAGACGGCGGCAGAUACGCUCAUAUUAGCAGACCUUCACUCAGCAGAUCAGCUCAAAGCACAGACUAUUGACUUUAUUAAUACGAGUCACGCGACGGACGUAAUGGAUACGGCGGGCUGGAAGAAUAUGAUCUCGUCGCAUCCGCAUCUCAUCGCGGAGGCGUUCCGCGCGCUCGCCACGCAACAGCAGCAAAUCCCGCCAAUCGGGCCGCCGCGCAAACGCGUUAAACAGGCCUAGUGUUCCGGCGAGACGCAUGCUACCCGCCUCUAUACCACAGAGGACUACAUAGAUUAUCAGCGUCGGUAGAGAUAUCAAUAACUCAAAUCCUGUGGCAUUCGCGAUUUACUAUUUUUACUCUUUUUAUUUGUUGUAAUUAAUUACCAGAAGGUAGUUUCGAUGCUGAUAAGUUAUCAAGUACAUUAUUCCCAAUAACAACGUGACAAAUAAAUGAAGAAAAAACACAAUAAAUCGCGACUAUGUGGAAAUGACAAAAUUUGAGUUAUUUAGCUCUCCACCUAUGUUUAUGAUAUACAGAGAGUAAGCUUUAACAUUAGUUUAAUAUGAAAAGUUUUAUUUGUUAAAUGGAAACAUUAAUAAUAUUGUGAAUUACCACUCCAGGAUUUAAUCAA